CUGAUCAAAUGACUUCAACAGAGAGAGAGAGAGAGAGAGAGAAAUAGUUCUAACAGUUAACCAACGCAGAACAUAAGAGAGAAAGGGGUGAGAGUGGAGAGAGAGAGAUAUUUGUUUGGGAUACAAACAUGAUAACUAAUCAUCUGACAGCGUGAGGGUGAGAUAUACCCUGGAUUUUAAAAACCAGGGUUCAUCGGCCAGAUUGUGUCCCAAACCUUUCUCGAAAACCAAAGCAGGACAUCAAAUCUCAAUCACCAAGGCUUUGAAAACGGAAUUGCAGACCAAUGGAAGCGAUGAGUUUUGUUUUCUUUCUUUGUCAACCAGAGUGACUAAACUGUUUUAUCAGACACUGUUCAGGCUAAACAGCUGUUUUUAAAACAGAGGACUGGAAUCGCUAAGCCAAGCAGAUCAAAAAGGAUUGCUUUAUCGAACGCACAAUUAUUUAGUUUUUUUUAAAGACUGUGUUUGGAUAAUAAAUCUAAGUUGUCUUCCCUGUUAAAGUGCAACAAGUUCACGAGAACAAAAUGUGUUUCACUCCUCAAAAAAGACUGAAAGGUAAUUAUAUGCGGAAAAGUAACCAGAGAGUGUUUAAAUAGGUAACUUGCACAUAGGGAAUAAGACCGUUUUUUUUUUUUUUUUUUACUUUAACUAGGGCAGAAAUUGCCAUGGAAACAGAAUACCAAAAACAAAUAUUUCAGGAAUGAACUAUAAACAGGAAAGAAUCACAUAAAGGGGGCGGCGACCGUUCGGUCUCCCUGAGCCGCCAAUAGAGACAUAAGCCUUGGAAAAAAAAAUAAAAAAAGAUCUGUGACUUUUCACAACACACGAACAUAAGAAAAGUUUGGGAACGAGAAACAGGCCAGUUCAGCCAUCAAGACUCAUCCCUCCAUUAGCGUCUCCCCUACUGUGGGGUUAAAGUUCAUUUAAAAAGCACAGAAUCUUGGAUAACGCAUCAAAAUCACGUCAAUAAGCGGCCGAACCAAACUGCCCGCAAUGGCAGCCGCCAGAGUGAAGCGGCGUUUCAGUGUCGUGGUGGACACGCCCCUCGACGAAGAGGAAGUGAUGAAACUCGCCCAGAGUUCCGGCGAGGCGGGAGAGGGCGGAGCCUGCACGCACGCCAGCCUGCCCUCGCGCAACGGAAAAGCCUUCUCCCAGGGAAACGGGGACUGCAGCCCCAGCGGUUCCUCACCGGACCACCGGAGGCAGCAGCGAGCCCGGAACCGCUUCGUGCGAAAAGACGGCCGCUGCAACAUCACCUUCGUGAACGUGAGCGAGCGCGGCCAGCGCUACCUCACUGACCUCUUCACCACCUGCGUGGAUAUCCGCUGGAGGUGGAUGUUCGUGCUGUUCUCCCUUUCCUUCCUGCUCUCCUGGCUGCUGUUCGGCUUCACCUUCUGGCUCAUCGCCUCGGGCCACGGCGACUUCGGCCCCCGGCCGGCCCCGCCGGGUGCUCCCGAGCCCUGCUUCCUCCAGGUCACCACCUUCACAGCGGCCUUCCUCUUCUCCCUGGAGACCCAGACGUCGAUCGGCUACGGUUUCCGCAGCGUGACGGAGGCCUGCCCGCUGGCCGUGCUGGCGGUGGUGCUGCAGUGCAUCGUGGGAAGCAUCAUCGACGCCUUCAUCAUCGGCGCCGUCAUGGUGAAGAUCGCCAAGCCCAAGAAACGCAACGAGACGCUGGUGUUCUCUGAGAACGCUGUGGUGGCGCUCCGGGACGGCAAGCUGUGCAUGAUGUGGAGGGUGGGGAACCUGAGGACCAGCCACUUGGUGGAAGCCCACGUGAGGGCGCAGCUGCUCAAGCCACGCGUGACCCCAGAAGGAGAGUACCUUCCCUUGGACCACGAGGACAUGAACGUGGGCUUCGACAACGGCACGGACCGGAUCUUCCUGGUGUCUCCUGUGACCAUCGUCCACGAGAUCGACGAGGACAGCCCGCUGUACGAGCUGAGCCAGGCGGAGCUGGAGCAAGAGGCCGACUUCGAAGUCGUGGUCAUCCUGGAGGGCAUGGUGGAGGCCACAGCCAUGACCACGCAGUGCCGCAGCUCCUACCUCAGCCACGAGAUCCUGUGGGGCCACCGCUUCGAACCCGUGCUCUUUGACAAGAAGAACCACUACCAGGUGGAUUACUCCUAUUUCCACCGCACAUAUAAAGUUCCCAGCAUCCCCAGCUGCAGUGCAAAGGACCUGGCCGAGCAGAAAUACAUCCAGACCUCGCGCGCGUCGUUCUGUUACGAGAACGAGGUGGCUUUGAUGGAUCACAGCGAGCUGGAGCUGGAGCUGGUGACCCCGAACCCCAGAGCCGUCGACCCGCACCUUACCCAAACCAGCACCGCCGAGGCCUCGCCCCAACUGGACUUCAUGAGCUGCUGAGCGCAGCGCUCUGCAUGACAGACUCACAGGGCUGGGACAUGCAUGGGUUCCGGCUGCAGUGUAACGAUACAGGGAGUUGUGUUAACUGUGGGUUGCGUUUCAUUGCAAUGCCGUGCGAUGCGUUCACUGUGAACCCCGAUCGCUUUUCAGCACGCCUGGUGAUCUUAUCCAAGUUAAAAACAAAUAAAAAGGGAAAAGCUAAAGUUGGUUUGAAAACAAAAACAUAUCUAAACAGAAACUUUUGAAUUGAAGCCGCGCGUAUUGUUUCUACGCAGUUAUCUCGAUUAAAUAUAGUUCAUCUUUUCAGAGUUACUGUUUCAAAUUGUUGCCUCUCUGUUCCCUUAUUGAUAUGUUGAUGUUCCCUAUUAUUUGUUAGUUAAUAUAUAAACAGACCAGCUGCAAACACGAGAGCCCUGUGGAUUAUCACGUCCCAGCUUUUAACCGCGUCUCACCGACAAGGGACAGAAUACACAACACUGUCCGCUGCAUCCGUUUAUAAAGAUCUUAAUGUGGAACACCUAACUCAAAAUGAACAAGGUUUGUUAACAGUUAACAAACUAAAAAUAAAACAAGGCCCUUUAAAUGAAACGUGAGCAUUAAAUAUAUUAACAAACGAUAAAGCUUGGAGUGUCCCACGACUAUGUCGCUUCGCAAACUGAUUUCAAUGAGGAAGGAAACUUGUAUCUCUAUAGCUAAAACUACCAGUGGAGAACGCGUGAUGUAUAAUUCAGUAGCAAAUACAGAGAAGGCUAAACUGCGGAUCAAAUUGCUCAAAGCUUAAUUUGAGGAAUCGGGUGUACAGUAUAUUUUAAAAUCACUGUUGAUUUCUGUUUGUUUCUGUAGAUUAUUUGCAGAAAACCCGUUUAAGUCAUCGGAAUAAUUAUUAUUUUUGUAGUAUCAGAAGUUGCUCUUAAAGGAUCCCAGUGGUCGGGUGCUGACAGCAUGACCAAUGCGAGGAGAGACACGAAAUCACUGAAGACAGAAGAAUCUUUCCGGGAAUGUUGCAUACAUUAUCACAGAUCUGCAGGACAUUUCCAUUGUGCGUGUAUAUUUUGGGACAGGGUGCAAUUAUUGUGUAAAAACAGGAUUAUGUAUUAAAAGUAGGAAACUUUGAUUUGUUUUUCCAUUUGUCAAGCAGGCAAGCUCGCAGAUUUAGAAAUUGAAACGGAUUACUCGGGGUAACUGCAAUGUGUUAAGAACUGAAAUAUAAAUAGUAAUGAUAUCGCAGUAUAAAGGAUACUGACAUUAAUAAUUCUGUCUGCUUUGGAUGUGUGUGUUUAUUGUUGUAUGUAUUUAGGAUGUAGGGAAUUCACUUUUUAAGACUAUUUUGGGUAGAAAAUAAAACUGUUGUAAAAAACA